AUGGCCCCAGAUUCACCCAAAGCGCUGUACCAUUCGAUACCACAGGCGCCAGAACCGUCCACAUCGCAAAUAGAUUUGGCUGCUAGCGAAGAGGAAAUACCGCAAGACUUGCCAGCUGAAUUAGUAGAUGGACGCACGAAAUCCAUUAUCUUCAUCCUUGGAUGCGCUGUACUUUUGCCAUGGAACGGUAUUGUUGUUAUUGUGCUGAUCGUUGACUUGGUAGUGACCAUAUACCUCACAGUCAUUAUAACAGCAAUGCCAUACUUUCUCUCGCGAUUAGAAGGCUCUUCAUUCAAGUCAAGUUUCAGUUCAUAUGCAACCACAAUAUUCACCUUCUCCAACCUUGCCUUCCUCGCACACGCGACCUUGACGUCGAAACAUGCGAAGCCAUCCCACCGGACUAGGGCCAUGAUACUUUGGAUACUGUUCCUCAACGCUCUCUUGACUCUAAGCACGUUCUUCCGUCCUGCACCAGGCCUUUUCGCUGCCUUUGUGCUGUUCAACGGAGCAGCUCAGGCAGCAGCGGGGGGCUACCUUCAAACUUCCAUCAUCGCCGUAGCGUCCCUGUUCGGCCCUCCAGCAGUUCAAGCCAUGAUUGCAGGUCAAGCUGCUGUUGCUGUAGUCGUCAGUGGAGUCCAGGUGAUCAGCUCCGCUACCUCAAUUGGUCGAAGUCAAAAGACUGAUGCCAGUGGGGACGGAUCUGCUGAAGAGAGGUCAGCCUUCAUUUUCUUCGCGCUAUCGACCCUGUUCCUGGUUGGAAGCUACGUGGCGCACGAGUGGCUUGUUCGAACGCCUAUCUACGACAGGGUCGCCGGUACUCUCGAGCGAGGUGCUCACAAAAUCUCGUUGGGAGCCGAGGAGGGGCGUCCGUUGAACAGAUCCUUGUCUCGCGCCCGCUCGGAAGUCGCAGAGGAAGCCUCAAACGUUAUCAGAGUGGCUAAAGCUAAUGCCCUCUACGAAAUUGCUGUAGCGGCGGUCUUUAUGAUCACCUUGUCCGUAUUCCCACCAGUCACCAUCUCAGUGUCACCAACCAACCCCGACUUCCACCCCUUGCUUUUCGCCUCUAUCCACUUCCUCGUCUUCAACGUGGGUGACUUCAUUGGACGAUGGAUGUGCUCUUUCCGCUUUAUGGUGAUCUGGUCUGCGAAAGCCCUCCUCUCCUUGUCCUUUGCCCGUAUCCUCUUCAUUCCCCUUUUCCUUAUGUGCAACAUUCAGCGACCGUCGGCUGUAGCAAAGAUUGACCCCCCUGUCAACUCUGACUUUGUUUUCAUGUUGUUGAUGCUUGCAUUUGGAUGGACGAACGGUUACGUCUCGAGCCUAUGCAUGAUGGCCGCACCCUCUGUGGAACACAACCCUAGACUGAAGGGAAGGAUGGCCGAUGUGGACGUCGCUGCUACCGUGGCGAGCUUUUGUUUGGUGGGUGGAUUGGCCCUUGGCAGUAUUUCGAGUUUUGCGGUUAGGGCCGCCAUUUGCAACUGCAAUCCUUUUACAACGUGA